AUGGACGAGCAGCGGCCACUGCCUUCGCUGGAGGAGUUACAUACUCAGGUGUCAAAAGACGCAUUGGGGAACAAUGAACGGCUUGGUGCAGUUGCGACUGCAGCUGCGACCGCAGCGGAAGCCUUUGUCUCGGUUGCGGCCCCGGUCCGUCAGCAGCGAGACGACACCAAUGCCACCGAGCCUGUCGUGGAGCACCGAACGUCUUUAAACGUGCCUACUGAGUGUCUUGGACUAACACUGCGUAUUAGUGUUCUCGCAUCUGGCCCUGUGAAAGGUGCCAUGAAAGCGGAACCGACUGCGUUCCCUAUGUUCUGCCGUUUCGAUAUUACUCGAACACAUUUCGUACUAAGCACAGAGUGGAUCGAGCUUGUGAGAGGUGUCAUCGUCGAAAAGUUAAGUGUUCUCGCAUCUGGCCCUGCGAAGCAUCGAGAGAGCGUGAACCAUCGUACUAGGAUGUCUAUCGAACCACGCGCGGAGAAGUCGCCAGUCAGCAGGGUUUAUCCAUACCAGCCUCCCAGUGACACCUCAAGAACGUAUGAGGCUCACGCCAGCGCAUCCAUGGAGGAACACCGAUGGAGCGUGUCCGAUAUGGGCUGCGCUUCAGAUGUCGCCAUCCUAAGAGACAGUGGUGCUGAAUGUGGCUCAACCAUUACGUGCCCUGCAGACGUCACUGCUCGUGGGGAAAGGUAUGAGGUUAUCGAUGAUGGGAGCAGCACUCUCCCAUCCGAAACUGGCGUAAAUGCAGGCUGGGGACCCCCGCUUAGCGCAAUCGCACUCCCGAACUCGUAUAUGCCCGCAGACAACUCGACAGGGGACCCUACGGCAGAUGCAUGGUACUCGAUGCCGUGGGCUACGGAGCCAUACUCGUGGGGGGCGUUGCCCGCAUCUUUCUGGGGCUGGACCUGGUCUCAAGCCGACAAUCUGACCGCGUCCGAGACCGACGGUUCUUUACAUCCGUCUAUUCCUGCACCGCAGGCGGCAGGGUGGCCCUUUGGAGGCGAGGCUGAACAGCCUCAGCAUCUGACUAGAAGCGGGAUCAUGCCCUUCUGGGGAGACGACUCCCAAGGGCUGUGCCAUCCAAGUCCCUCCUUUGAUCCACCGGAGUCUAUUGCCUCGUCCGUCGCAGCCGGGUUGUCUUCUAUACCAGAGACUGGGCCACCGAGUUUCCCAAAUUUUUUUCGUAUACAUCAGGCCGAAGAUGUCAGCUGGUCACUCCCAACUGAGGUCCCAAUGCAAUUGCCUUCUUUGGAUUCGUUGGCGCCUGUUUCCACAGCAUUGCCCAUGACAGACUUCUACCGCCGCAGCAUGCAUCAGGAACCACCUGCGCCCGUCCCUACAAUGAUAAAUUGCCAUGUAACUGCAGCCAGCCCGCUCGAUAAUGUCGGUGCCAAUAGCCAGGAGUCAUCGUGUAAUGUCACGGUGCCGGAAGACCAGGUCGAGCAUCGUCACUCGACCUAG